AUUCGUCGAUCCUGAAAUGAUUUCCUAUUUGCUACUGACGACGUCCUUGUUUGUCGUCUCUCCUGCCCUCCUGCAGAACGUGGACAGACAGCGCCAGUUGGAGAUGAAAUUUAACAAAAUUAUGGAACAAAAUGGAAUCGAAGAUGUCGCCGAAAUCCUCCAACGAGCCGUGCUCCAGUGUGAAGAUAUCAUUGCCGGUUGCAUUUCACCCAGCGUUUACAUUGACGGUGCUGACUGUUGCAAGACAUAUUUCCCGAUGGGAAGUUUCGCGUCAUCGACAGGAGCUUGCGUCACCACCUUUUCUGCCCCACCCAUUAUUCAGCGGAUCCCGUCAAUUGGAUUCGGAUUUGUUGUCCUCGUCAAGGAUUCACGGGAUUCCAGCGCGCUGGAUAAUUCGAUAAUCAAUCCGAUCAUGGCCAACCAGAAGGGAGUCAUCUUUACAGCUGCCGACAAGUGGACUGAUCCGAUGGUGGCUUUGUUUCAAGACCGGCACUACACUCGCGUUGGACUGUGGACCUCCAUCGCCAUCUCCAGAACAACAGUUAACGACGAGGAAAUUAUGCAAUCGUUGAUAUCUCGUAAAAUUUGCGCCCAACGUGAUGCGCAAAACACUUUCCUUCAUUUGGUGCCGGGUUUCGUCAACUAUACGGAAAACAACUGCGUUUAUGCUAACCGUCAGCAAAGAAUUGUCGACGCAUCCAAAUGUCACCUCUACUUUUUGCCAUACAAAGGUGAUUUACCAUCGUGUCGUCCGCAGCAAAUAUUAGAAUUCGUGCACAAGGUUAUAAUCGGCGGGGAAACGUACUUGAAUCCGGUUUUUCGAUACUUCCCUGGAUGCGUCAGUGAAUGUUGGAGGGAAACUUACCAAUUCUCGACUAGUUACGCUGAUUUGCAACUGGCUUCCAAUUUCCAAUUCGGCAAUUGGACCAUCACGCCUAAUCAAAGCAAGCAAUUGGCGGUGCUUAAUUUUUUUUAUCCGACAUUCACUCAAAAUUUGUUGGUUAAUCAUUAUCCUACCAUUAACCAAGGACUUGGAAUUGUGGGCGGUAACUUGGGCCUAUUUCUGGGUGCCAGCAUGGUGACCGUUAUCGAAGUGGUGGUCUUCGUCUUCACCUACUUCUGCCCAUCCAAAUGGACUCGCUAUUAAUUCAAAUAUUGGGCAAUCCAAUAUUUUUCAUUGUGGCACAGUCCUGUAGUCAGUUUCGUAAUUUGAAACCGAUCGGUUUUCUCUAAAAACCGAUAUCAUUUAGAUAGGAUUAAAGUUUGUGUCUAAAAAUGAAACUAUUGAUUUGCAUUGAUAAAAAAUGCAAAUAUUCAGUUUUGAAAAUGAUAUAGUGUCAAGGCAAUCACUUAGUUCAGACGAUGAAUGCGUUGACUCGACACAUUUGCUGAUGUUUUUAUUUGCUUGACGGGAAUUUACUGUGCAAUUGCA